CUCCUGAUGGUCGGCUGACCAAGGAGAUGCAAAUCGGAGAGGGCGGCACUGGAGCCGUGUUCAUGGUAAGGGACCAACCAAAUUCCUAGAGAGCAGGGGGAGCUGAAAGCAAGUUGAAAGUGCUAUCACUAUCCCUGCUAUGCACAUGAUUACAUUCCUUAAUAACUCAAUAUUUCUGUCAGUUUGUUCCCAAUAUGAGUCUUGAUAUUUCCAGCUAAUACUGAAUGUCAGUUACACCUUUCUGUGUGUGUUACAGGGCCAUCACCAUCGCAGAGGUAAGGUAGCCGUCAAGAUGGCCAACAUCACUCGGGAUGAGGAGUCAGUCUGCCGAGAGGUAAGCUUUCUCCUGAAGUUCAGCAGGCACAGGAACAUCGCCUCUUACUAUGGAGCUUAUUACCACCCUGCUCCAAACGAGGAGUCAUCGGAGUAUCUGGAGCUUGUCCUUGAGUACUGCAGCGGCGGCUCCCUGUACAACCUGAUCGACAGCACCGAAGGCCAAUCCCUGAAGGAGACCUGGAUUGGCUAUGUCUGCAGGGAGGUAUUGAAGGUAAACUUGGAUUAACCCCUUAAAGACUCUUCUAUUAUUUUACUUUACAUUAUCCUACAUUGUGUUACACACUCUUUGUUAGGAAUAUUAAGCCAAAUGUCCGUUAUAUUCUUAUAACCUACAUCUCAAUCUCCCCAGGCUCUCAACCACAUCCACCACCACCGGGCCGUUCACAGGGACAUCAAGAGCCCCAACGUGAUGCUCACCGAGAAGGGAAACAUCAAACUCAGUGAGUAAAACUUAUAGUUGUAAGAUGAAUGGAUGGGGGGAAGCUUUUGUGGAUAUAAAGUACAGAGGGUUUCAUGAUACAGGUGUUUAUCUUACUGCCCUUAAAAUGAAUGAAUUUUCCAUUUAUAUGUUUAAUCUGUCAUUUCAGUCGAUUUCGGACUCUGCUGGGACCUGGACCCACAGACAGGGAAGUGCAAGCAGACCGAUGGGACUGCGCACUGGAUGGCGCCCGAGGCCUUUAGGAGGAGGGACAGGGAACCGGAAUUCGACACCAAAUGUGACAUCUGGUCCCUUGGAAUCACUGCCAUCGAAAUGGCCGAGGGAAAAACACCAUACGCCGAUCAGGAACUAGUGUCGGACCUGGUCAUCAACAACGACUCUCCGAGGCUCAUAUCAAGGACCUGGUGAGUCCUUCCCAGCUCAUGUCACUGUGCGAUGCUGAUACUGCAACUCUGUGUGUCUCUCACCUUGGCAUAUUAGCGAUUAAAGCGAUACAUCUGUUUUU